AUGCCUUCGACCACCGCUGUUUUGACGGCACCAGUGGAGCUGCCCCCUCCCUCGGGGCUUCGAUCUCUGACCCCAACACUGGUUUACGAUGUAACCAAAUCCAAAGAUGAGCGCCGACAAACCCUACAUGAACUACUCAUCAAAGGCCACGAUAGCAUGGCACCGCUUCGAGAACCGAAGUUGAUUCUUCAUAGCCAUCUUCCGCAUCUCCUUGGAUCUGGGUAUAUUCUGGGCGCCAGCAGCAAGCAGUUGAAGGAACUCUAUGAACACGAAAUCAAAACCCUAGUGCGGGUUGAUGAUACAUCUGUCCGGGGUAACAGCAUUUCAAAGAAUGAAUGGAGGAAAUUUCUUGGACAGAAAUCUUACACCGUUGCGUAUGUCGACUUUUUCGAUAGUGAAGUCAAGAUGAACAACGGAGACUGGAAAGCCGUGUUACAGCAGUAUCUAUUUUCUGGAGCAGAACCGCUUGUCAACGGUCUGGUCGGAGGCCUCGGCCAUCCAUUCAUCCACCUCGCCUAUGCAUGGGAGCUACAGAGCCCGACAGUAGCCACUGAAGGUUUGAGCUUAGGAUGUACUGAAUACAUUCCUCUCCAUGGAAUUCUCGACCGUGCUCCUACCGACAACUCGUCAUAUAAGUCGAGUAAUAUUGCAGAAGUCCUCAGCCGUGUCCAAGCUGAUAAGCGCCUUGACGGUUUGUUUACUAAGCCCGGCAUCACAAACAUUGAUAUUCUACUGGAAAAACGCUACAGCGUCCUAUUGGAACACUGGAAUGCAUGGGAAGUGACUGAUCCCUUGAAGCAGCUAGAACAGUGUUGCGAUCUAUCGUUACUUUUGGGGAUUGGGACAGGCAACGGAGCUGGGCAAUAUGAUUUCUACCUGAUCCACACCAUGACUGUCGCGCAAGCUAUUCGGGUACUGUGGCAUUUCAUUCCUGAAGAGCGACAUGCUUCUAUUCUCAAGCAAUAUGCUCUUUUCCUUCUCCUGAUCUAUGUUUGCCAGAUGAAGCCAGAAUUUCCCACCGAAAUCAUUCAGUGCAUUGAUUCCAUUGACCUAGGUGGUCAUGACUGGUCUUGGGUAAUGGCGCAAGCGUUGGAACACCGCUGGGCCAAGGAUUCCCAUUUCUUCAAGGUCGCGCGUGCUCCAAAGGCAUUCGAGGACACUUUCGGAAAAAAGAGUGAUCAUUAUUUGAAGGCUUCGGUGAAAUUUAUUUCUGAAUUUAAUGGAUGGAAUGGGUUUGGAGAAGGUGUUGCAGGCUAUCUUCCCGAUCGGGAUGGCUUUCAUCCCGACAAGGAAUAA